CAUUCUCCUCCUUUCCUCUCUACCUUAUCCUCUUCCCCAAAAACCAGACAAGAGAUUGAGAUGGAGGAGAUGAUGAUCGUAGACGAGACACAGAUGUACGGAGCUCUUGUCACGGCGCAGUACGCACGGUUGCAUCAUCGUCAUCACUGCAGAGAGAAUCAGUGUACCUCUGUUCUCGUCAAAUACAUCAAAGCCCCUGUUCAUCUCGUUUGGUCACUUGUCCGAAGAUUUGAUCAGCCUCAGAAAUACAAACCGUUUGUAAGCAGGUGUACAGUUCAUGGUCAUCCUGAGAUCGGUAGUCUCAGAGAAGUUAAUGUUAAAUCUGGUCUUCCUGCGACGACUAGUACCGAGAGAUUGGAACAGCUUGAUGAUGAUGAACGUAUUCUCGGUAUCAAUAUCGUUGGUGGUGAUCAUAGACUUAAGAAUUACUCUUCGAUCUUGACUGUACAUCCUGAGAUGAUCGAUGGGAGAGCAGGAACGAUGGUGAUUGAGUCUUUUGUUGUGGAUGUUCCUCAAGGCAACACCAAAGAUGAGACUUGUUACUUCGUGGAAGCGCUUAUUAAGUGUAACUUGAAGUCUUUGGCUUGUGUCUCUGAAAGAUUGGCUGCUCAGGAUAUUACUAAUCCCAUCGCUACCACCUUGUGAAGAAAGAUCAGUUAAGGAAGGGAAAGAUCCAGUGUGAUUAACUCUUUAGUGUGGUCAUGUGUAUAGAGAAGCACUCAUGUUCUGAGUGCUGUGUUUAGAUCAACUCCUAAGGCCAUUUUGAGCCUGUGGUGAAGUUUUGAUGUAAAGUGCUUUCUGGUGUUUGUUGGACAGUGUCUGUGUAAUCAUGCACCAUUGUAAGAAAAAAAACAGUGCUAGUUAGUAUAUAUAUAUAUAUAUAUAUAUAUUAUCACCAGUGGAGUCACUGCAGGAACAUUUGAGACCUUUUUAUUAAACAACCUCGCUGUUUCUCAAAACCGUUGUGUAUCUUGCUAGGGUGUAGUAAUCAGAACAUAUACUAUGAGUUCUUGACCACUCUCAUAGGAUCUAAGCCUUUCUCUUUGAUGAGGCUAUACGUUAUAGCUAAUUUCUUUGUAUGAUUCAUAAGCAA